GCCAUGCUGGAGCUGUAAUACGAGGCAAGACGACCUCGUUUUGGUUCGUGUAUUUUUGGUUAGAGUCUUAGAGAUAGAAAAAACGGAAAGACAGUUUUGUUGUUCCUAUUCAUUCAAUUAAUGCGUUCCUUCUGUUUCAGAUAAUGCUUCCAAAUCAAUGCUCUGCUUCUUACAGAAGAAGGCAAAGCAAACGUUAAGCUGUUGUAAUUAAUUUUUGCGAUUUGUUGCUCUGAGAAUUGAAGUUUAGGCCUUUCUGCACAUCCCAUCAGAAUUGCUCCCACAUUUGAGAUGGCGGAGUCAGUUGGGAUGCCGGAGACUGAUAUAACGGCGUUAACCGAAGCGCUCAAGUCUCAGCAACAGCUGCUGCAAAUGCUUUAUGCUGAUCUUGAUCAGGAAAGAGAAGCUUCAUCUACUGCAGCUGAUGAAGCUCUAUCCAUGAUACUGCGUUUGCAAGGUGAGAAGUCUGCUGUGAAGAUGGAGGCCAAUCAAUACAAGAGAUUGGCAGAGGAAAAGAUAUGUCAUGCCGAGGAAGCUCUAGCGAUUUUCGAGGAUCUUAUUUAUCAGAAGGAAAUGGAAAUUGCUUCUUUGGAGUUUCAGCUUCAGGCUUAUAGGUACAAACUGUUGAGCUUGGGUGUCAGUACCGAAUUAGGUACCACCGAAAAUGUGUAUCCGGAAAACUUGUUGCAGCAAAGAGGUGAUGGGGAAGCGGGUGGUGUUAGUGGGGCAAUUAGAAGAAUCAACUCUCUGCCUCCACUUGAGCUCAAGGAUUUCCUCAACAAGAAAUGCCCUGUAGAAAGAGAGAGUGAAAGUCUACCGAAAGAAAAACCUAUGAUACCAAAGCCAGAAUCUUGUAUGAAAAAGGGAGACAAAAAGGUGGACAAGGAAGUUACUUUCCAGGGCAUUGAUGCGGAGAAGAAAUCGAGAAAUGCUUCCAAUGGCAACCUUAAUUCGAUCUGGGAGCAGAUUAAGAAGUUAGAUGACCGAGUGAGAGAGAUAUCAGAUUGUCAAGAUUCUGGUGGUAGAGGAAAAUCUGGAAUUUUGAAGGGUCCGGCUAGGACAUGUUCAUUACCUCCAAUUCCGAAAGUAAUCACAAGCACAUCCCAUGAUACAGAAAGUGAAGAUAUUAUUGCUACCUUUGAAAGAGUUAAUCAUAAUAAGAGUGUACAGGAAACGGAGGCAAUUGUUAGUACUACAUGCUCGACUGGCGUCCAUGAUGUUUUUGAAGUUCCACAGAGCUAUGAAUGCAGUCCUAAAACUUUGGACAGUCCUAAAUCUUUUGAAGGUGAGAAGAAAGAGUUUGAUAAAUUGACAUUUGGUGUUGAGAGUUCUAAAGCUUUUGAAGUUGAGAAGAAAGAAUUUAUUGGCAAAGAUGAUUUGAUAUGUGAUGAGAUUAGUGAAGUGCAUGUUCAAGAUGAGACAGAGAGGGUUAAGAAAAGGUUUCAUGGCAAGUUGCUCGAGAAUAGAAUAUUGAGUCGAACGACCACUGUUGACUCAACUGCAAGGGAGAGAGUGGCUGCUGCGGUUACUGAGAAUCAAGCCAGAUUUCAACAGUUGUGGAGGAGGAUAGAGCGGCUUGAGGGAGAGAGAAGUAGUGUAAGGAACGAAAUAAGUCAUGCAGGAGAAGAGGAGUUGAAGUUGUUUAGGGAUAUACGUGAGCAACUUAACUUAAUUCGGUCUGAAAUACAUAUUUGGAAGCCUAAGCAACCUCCUCCACAGGAUGACGAGAACUUACACAGAAGUACUGUAAGGAAUGAAAUAAGUCAUGCAGGAGAAGAGGAUUUGAAGUUGUUUAGGGAUAUACGUGAGCAACUUAACUUAAUUCGGUCUGAAAUACAUACUUGGAAGCCUAAGCAACCUCCUCGACAGGAUGACGAGCCCUUACACAUUGUUCAAGAGGCAAUGCUACACUUUUGGCUCUGAUCAAGCAGUUAUGUGACACCAGUGAAAGUCAUGCAUCAUCAGUUUUGAAGAUUCGAUAUGCAGAAAAGGAAUUUGUAAGAGUAUCUCUGACUUUGUCUUCUCCAAUGAGUGGUGUGUUCAUUCUUUGAUUUGAAGGUUGCAUAGUGUACAUUGACUAGGUGACAAGCAAAUGUGUCUUCUUAGAUUGUACAAGGAAUGCUUUCAUGUAAAUUUUUAAUUACUUCAACAUUGAGAUGCAGGUUGUAA